AUGAAAGUUAUUGGUGCUGGUUUUGGUCGAACGGGUACAUUAAGUUUAAAAGUUGCUCUUGAUCAACUCGGUUUUCCAUGUUAUCAUUUUUUUGAAAUUUUUUCUACUCAUCCAUCACAUGCCAAAUUAUGGAUAAAAGCGUACAAGAACGGUACUUUAUCAGAUUGGAAUGAAAUUUUACAGGAUUAUGAAGCUACCACCGAUUGGCCCGCAGCUUAUUUUUAUUUACAAUUGAUGAAACAAUUUCCAGAAGCCAAAGUAAUAUUAACUGUACGUGAUGGAGAAAAAUGGUAUAAAAGUAUAGAGAAUACCGUUAUUCGAAUGCAAAAAGCUUUUCCUGGUCAAUUUUUGUCUCGUUUGAAAUAUUAUUCAAUUUGGAAAAUGGACCAGUUAAUUGUACAUCAAGGUGAAUUUAAUAAUUUAAUAGAAGAUAAAGAGAAAACUAUUCAAGUUUUCAAUUCACAUAUUGAAAAUGUAAUUAAAAACGUUCCAAAAGAUCGUCUGUUAGUAUAUCGUAUUGAAGAAGGAUGGAAACCAUUAUGUGAAUUUUUGAAUGUACCUAUUCCAAAAACACUAUUUCCUCAUUUAAAUGAUACAUUAACGUUUCAACAACGAAUUUAUGAAGCAAACAAAAUUGCAUGGAUUUAUAUUAUAGUUACCUUAUCUAUUAUAUUCGUCUUGUUUGCUUGGUGGUUAAUUUGA